AUGACGUCCUUCCUAGAUGUCCAGAGGAAACAAAAUCCCCGAGAGGAGUUUUACAGGAACCUUCACAAUACCCUUUACAAUACCCUUCACGAGGUGAACAUGUCGACCCUGAACUUCGCAUCGAACUCCCUCAAUGCAGAGUUUCAGAGCGCAAUUUUGAAAAACUUCAAUGAAAUGUUUUCCGCCAAAAAUGUGAAGAAGUAUGCUCAAUAA